AUGUCUGACAGUGACCCUAUAGGUGAAGAGAGACGCGAAAAGUACUUCAUAUGGAAAAAGAAUGCGCCACUACUGUAUGACUAUAUUCAGACCACCUCUCUGUUGUGGCCCAGUCUUACAGUCCAAUGGUUUCCCGAUUUAGAGGAGAUAGCCGAUACAGAAUACCAGCAGCACCGACUGUUACUUGGAUCGCAUUCGAGCGGUUUCAGUAAAUGCGAAAGUCUCAACUUGUACGGACUGAAAACACUCAGGAAGACAGCCAAGCUUGUAGACAUCGCCUCAGACUAUGAUCCACUGAAAAAUGAGUUUAUUGUCAAGCGCAAUGACUGGCAUGACACUAAAAUGUCGCUGAUACAAAAGAUACCUCACAGAGGGGAUAUUAAUAGGGCACGCUACAUGCCGCAGAAUCCAGACUUGAUAGCGACUGUCACUAACAGGGGACAUUUAUAUGUGUUUGAUCGCACCAAGAAGCCCAAUAACUAUACGGAGGACGAAAUCGAUGACAGCGCUGACUUGUCUGAUAUCAAGCUGGAUUUCCACCAAAGUGAGGGCUGGGGUCUUGAUUGGAAUAGAUAUAAAGAAGGAGAAUUGGCUUCUGCCUCUUCAGACGGGACGAUCGCUUUAUGGGACCUGACCAAGUUCAAGAAAAACACUAGUGAUAAAAAACCAGCCCAGACGACUGCCACUGGACUCGAGUUUCAAAAACGCAAAUACAAGACUUCAAUCCUUCAGCCGAUGGAAACGGCUGCUGCCCAUGAUUACGGAGUCAAUUGUUUAGAGUAUCUCUAUUUUCACCAAAAUCUUAUAGGAACGGUGGGGGACGAUAAGAAGUUGAAGAUCUUUGAUAGCAGGGCUCGCAUGAGUAGCGUCAAAGAGGACCAGUUGUCCGAGUCGCCAAUCAACGUGGUAUCGUUCAGUCGUGUCAAUGAGUUUGGAUGUGUCAUAGGCACGGAAACAGGAAACAUCUCUCUCCACGAUCUACGUCACAUUGAGGAGCCAGUGAGGAUUGUCAACCAGUCGCACAAUGGAGCGCUCACUUGUGCGUCUUGGAACCCGGAGCGUGGCUCACUACUUGCAACGGGAUCAUCGGACGGAACUGUCAAACUAUGGGACUGGUCUUGUGACCCAGGUGACGAAUUGCGUUUCGUUCAUGGGGGGCACAUGCUUGGCGUUAAUGAUAUUGAUUGGAACCUGCACGACUCCAGGACGCUAGUGAGUUGUUCCGAUGACAAUUCUGUCCAAGUUUGGAAACCAG